UUUACCCCUACCGUCACGAACUUGUUCUGGCUUGACUAUCGCGCGCGGGUUUUGCAAGUUCAACGCCCCCGCGUUGUAUUGUAAUGAUGGGUACGUAGGCUAUUUCUUCGGUGCAAAUGCUGUAGCAACAAAUAUCUACUCGCCAGUAUAUGUUUAUUUCGGCUAAUAACUUGUCUAGAUUUUCUGCACAGUUGUAAAAGAUAUCAAUCAUCAUGGCAGCAAAUGGUGGGGAGGAAGGUAUUACUGGUUGGCAGUGGGAGGGCGACAAACAGGUCUGGACGGCCUUCUCUGCCGAGCACAACGAUGCAAUCAAUGACGCCCAUCACAACGGGAAGACCAGCAUCAAGCUGACGGCCAACAACUGUCAGAUUGAAGUGAAACUGAGCGACAUGGUGCAGCGCAACUGUAAAACUGGAUGGGAGCGUAGAAUAAGAUGUGCCCUGCAGGAUGAGACCGGCGAUUAUUUUGUUUGGGAGUGGCAGGACGAUAAGAAAAGGUGGAAUGCCUACGGCCUGUCUGCUUGCACUGAGAUCGAGGCCGCCCACAAAGGGUCAUGUGACAGCCUCGACCUGGUUGUUGCCCAUCGAGCGUACCAGGUUGACUUGCAAGCUAUGGAACAGGUCAACCAGACGACGAAAGUGAAGCGUAAGAUCCGUCGACUUCAAAUAGAUUACAAAGUGCCACCAGCACAGCAGUCCACCAAAGCCCAGCCAGUGAAGAGGGCCCACUCUAGCACAACAAGCAAGGCAUCAACCAGCAGAGCCAAUGUGAAGGCGGAGCCGAUGGAAAUAGAGGAGGAGGAGGAGGUUAGACCUGCCAAGUCGGCCAGGAAGACAAAGAGUCAGGGACCAGGCGAAGCCGUCAAAACUGUCCGCCUGGCCGCCAGCCACAAGGCACCCGUGGACAGCGAGUGCCACCAGAUGCAAGGGAAGGCACACGUGUACAUCGAAGGAGACGACAUCUACGAUGCGAUGCUUAAUCAGACUAACCUGCAAAAUAACAACAACAAAUACUACGUCAUUCAACUACUGGAGGAUAACGUCAAGAAAAUGUACCAUGUUUGGUUCCGUUGGGGACGAGUCGGGAAGGCAGGCCAAAACAAUCUCGUCGCUUGUGGCCACGACCUCACAGAAGCCAAGAGCCUAUUUGAGAAGAAGUUCUACGACAAGACGAGGAAUGAGUGGUCACUGCGAGACGGCUUUCAGAAAGUUGCUGGGAAAUAUGACAUGCUGAAGAUGGACUACUCGGUGGAUGAUAAGGGAAAGGGAGACGAACCUGACGCUGGCAAGGUGAAGAAGGAGCAGGUGGCUUCCAAACUGGACAAGAAGGUUCAAGAUCUGGUCCAGCUGAUCUGCAACAUCCAAGCCAUGGAAGACAUGGUGGUAGAGAUGAAGUACGAUGCUCAGAAGGCGCCCCUGGGCAAACUCACACAAGACCAGAUCAAGGCGGGCUACACGGCGCUCAAGAAGAUCGAGCAGUGCAUCAACAGCAAGACAGUGGGAGAUAAACUCAUCAAGGCCUGCGACGAGUUCUACACGAGAAUACCUCACAACUUUGGGAUGCGGCGUCCACCGGUCAUCAAAACAAAAGAGGAGCUGAAAGCUAAGAUAGCAUUGCUAGAGGUGAGAUCCUGUGUCGUGUUACUUUGGCACGGAUCUCGUCUGACGAACUGGGCCGGUAUCCUGGGACAGGGGCUGCGUAUUGCUCCCCCUGAAGCACCGGUUACCGGCUACAUGUUUGGCAAGGGAGUUUACUUUGCCGACAUGUCCUCCAAGUCGGCAAACUACUGCUUUGCUACCAGGUCCAAGAGUGACGGCUUACUGCUCCUGUGUAAGGUUGCUCUUGGAAAUUGCAACGAUCUUCUGGCUGCUGACUAUGCCGCUGAUAAGCUCCCUCGUGGUAAGCACAGCGUCAAAGGUUUAGGCAAGAUUGCACCAGACGCAAACUCCAACUUCACCAUGGCGGAUGGGACCGUGGUUCCAUUGGGAAAAGGAACAGACACGGGCGUGGUCAACCCCAACGGUUACACCCUCAACUACAACGAGUUUGUUGUCUACAAUACCAACCAGAUUUGCAUGCGUUACCUGGUCCACAUCAAGUUCAACUUUAAAUGAGAGCGGCUGGUUUUCAUGCUGUACUUGGGGGUUUUCGGUCGAGAUACAAGUUUGGUUGGGAACGUUGAGACCCUGCAGUUCAGGUUUUGUACAGGCUCGCAUCUCUUCCAAAAAAAAUUAGCUUUGGGUCGACAUUCUACUCCUGUUACUGUAGAGAUCUUGCCCUAAUACAUGUAUACGAGGGCAUGAAUUCAACUUCAGUACACGAGUAGACUUUGUGUACUUUGUCUUUGGACUUCAACCUUUGGUCUGCUAUGCUACUGGUCUCUUUCCAUAGGAUUUUCAUACAGAUACCAUGAACAUGUACACCGACUCACAAGAUGAGAACAUUUCCAAACAGUGGUCGUUUCUAGCCUCAACUAUUAAAGUUUAUUCUAAAACUCCAUGUGAUGGAAGUGAGGUUAAAAAAUAUAAAGGGAAGAAAUUCAAUCUUUAAAAAUAUGUUUAAAGAACUUCUAGGUGUGUAGAAAGUUCAGCUUUUGUUAAAGAGUAUUUCUGGUGCAGUCGAGAAAGGCAUUGCAAUAUCUAACCUGCUACGCAAGGUAUAAAACUUGUUUUUGGCAGGGCGUCUGUCUCAGAGCAUGGAGCUAUUAAACACAAGGAGUCAGCACAUACAGAGAUCAAAAGAUCAAUGAUUGCCACCGCCAGCACUGCACGUGCUGCAAGGACAAAACAAAUACCGCGCCGCUUGUGGGCUACAAGGAAUGCUCGGAGUUACAUUUGCAAAGGAUUGGUGGUACCGCGCAUACGUGUCCGUAACACUUUCCCACGUGUUCAACAUGGCCACCUUGAGACGGAAACCAUCGUCUUCAAAAACUUAAAUUUCGAUAAUUUUAGUGAUUGUUCUGAUAUUCCAACGACUAUAAAAGUCUGGUUACAUGUACAUGUACGUCUUUACAUUCCCAAAACAUCUCUCUUAAUAGUAAACAGAAUUACUAACUAAUACAACUGAAAACUGAGAGAAUGUAGCUGGACCAGAGGAAAAUAAACACACAGAAACAUGGGAAGAUUUGUUGUCCUUUCUGUCAUUGGCCACAACUGUCUCGGUAUGAAACCUCACCAUGUUCUCAAAUGCAUCC